AUGACCUUGCGGGUCGGGGAGCAGCGGAAUAUAUACGACAACCUGGAGAAGAGGAUCCGUAGCCUCUCACAACAGGCUGUCGCCACGCUGCCCCAUCGCCACGACUUGCACUCUACGCACGAUAUUAACCAGCACACAGCCCUCGUGAAUGCCUAUAUAGAAGAACUGGCUGCUAGGCACCACAUCUCUGUCCUAGAUAUGAACAGACUGCAGCAGCAGCACUUCACGAGGCACGGGAUGCAUCUCCACACUAGAGGAAAGUGGCAGCUGGCCAGACUCAUCGUGGAGGCUGUUGUCGGGUUGAGCGCCUCGACUGCUGCGGCCAAGAAGGCUGAGGUUGCUCCUGACACCCGCACUGCCGUCCCACCGCUGCUGCCGCCGCCACCGUCACUGUCACCGUCACUACCGCCGCCUCUGCCACUGUCACUACGGUCGCCUCUACCACCGUCACUGCCGCCGCCGCCGCCACCACCGUCACUGCCACCGCCGCCGUCACCGUCAGAACAGACUCUCUACAGCUGA